CUGAGGAGUCAGGCCACCGCUGAGCCCCCUCAAUCGCGCCAGCAAAAGUAAGUCCGAGAACAUUAUUGUUAUCAUCAUCCUCCGACACUUCUAAUCCAUUCUCUGCUUUGACCGCUUCUACUGUCACCUACAGCCAUGCCGUGUGUAAUCUAAUAAUCCUCCUCAUCUCCAUCGAUGUUGUCAUCUCGGUCCGCUCGUUAUCCAGCAUGUCUGAUCCUCCGGCUCCAAUCCGACGAUCUGCGACCCUGCCCACGAGGUUGAUGUCGCAAAGACGCGAAUCAAGCGGUUCACCUACGUCUACUGCGCAAGGAUCUGACCCAGUCCUUUAUUUCAACCCCUCCGCAAAAAUCGUCAAGUUCGCUCCUGAUGCGCCCCGUGUAGCAUCGCAAUCCGCUCCAUCUAUUGACUUUGACUAUCCAGUCGACACCAUCGAGACUCUCCCAUGGCGUUCACCUACUGAACGAACAGUUGCUGUCGGCCGGCUGCGACUAGAGCUAGUCUCCGGCUUAACACCCUUUCUCAAGUGUGGAACAGUCGUGCAGGCGAUUCUGAAAAAUUCGCAAUGCUGGUGUGUUGACCGCAGUUCGACAUUCGUCCUGCGCAUUCGUUCAUUGACCUACUACCGAAUCGAGCUUCCGAAUCAGACACCAGAAGAGGUGAGGUUGGUUGAGGAAUUCAAAAACGCACUGCCGAAGGUGCUUCGGUAUGAAGUCACCCCGUGCCCAUUCGAGCGUGGCUUUAGUGUGCCGUUGCCUGUUGAAGCUCGCACGCCGAAGAAGAAGAAGGCUUGGCGGCCGAAAGAUCGAAGAGACAGUGCUCCGGUGAUUUUAGGUGUUAAGAAUAAUGGAUGGCUUGAAGCGAAUAAUGCUGCGGACACACAGCGACCGCGUAGCGCGGGGACAUCUGAUGGUGAAGCAACGGAUGACAGUGCUUCGACUACAACAAACAGUGCACUACAGGCGGAAGCUUCGGGCGAAGAGGUGCAGGAACCUGCUUCAUCCUACUUGAGCGACGAAACACCAGGUUUUAUCAAGCGGUCUGUGACAGAGCCGCAAUCGGUCCACAAUAUCCUCGCGAGGUUUCAGCCAAUUCCAGAAUCGGACAGUGAAGACGACGACAGGCUGUCUUCGAGUGCCGACUCUUUCCACUCUUUCUUGCCGUCAAGCUUUGAAUCAUCUGCAUCUCCAUCUUUCACAAGCCAACCAGAAUCACCUCUUGAUACUAGCUUCCAGGAUUUAUCCAUCGCGCGUCAACGUCCUCAUGGCCAUAAUAGAGACAUAUCUGAUGUCACUAUCACUGCAGGAGUUUUGUCUUCAGCAGCUCAGACUACCCCGCGAUUGCACCAACUUGUGCUUGACGAGCAAGAAAAUGUGAAGUCUUCAGCGAACUCUAUUCCCUCCUCUGCCACCCGCUCUCAACACAGCUUUUCUAAAACGUCUGCUUUUGCCACAGGCACAGAGUCAGUUUUUAUUAAUUCCACCUCAGAUGAGAGAUCUACACUAAAGUCCCGCUCUCCUCGGUCAUCUACACAGCGUGCUCUCUCCCCCAUGCCCCCUCCCUCGACACUGGCGCAAACGUCAGAAUAUUCCGAAACCGAUAUCACCACAUCUCUGUUCCAUAAGACAUGUGCAUUAGUACUUGUUCCACCACUUCAAUUAUUACUACUUUUAAUCCACAUCGCAGCACGUAUUGCCGCCGGCCACACUGUGCAGACAGCCCUCUUGGAUACUACACACGGGGCGGAUGAGGAUGAUGACGAUUUCGAAAUGCCCAAGACUCCCGGCAACUUUCGACAGUCAAUCAUCUUCGACGACCCUUCUGAUUCAUUAUCUGAUCUUGAUUAACGGCCGAUACUUUUUUGUUCACAUCACUUGGACUGUAUUAUUUGUCUAAUACCUUCUUUCGUUCACUUCUGCGAAGGCUGGCCUUGAUUGCGAUACGCAUUUGUAAUCAUUAAUUGCGACUCAUGUAUUUCUCGUCAUGACUUUUCUUUCCAUUAGCGUGCAUCUCCCGAGCCCAUCCAUGUCUGUAUUACUUCAAGCGUUGCUACAGGAUUGUGUCUCUUACCAAUGUGAAAUACUUUAUGUAUAUGGUUUAUAUCCGAAGUAAUAUACUGUUCUUACAC